AUGGCAUUGCAGGAGGCAGCGGAGAGCGAGCAGACAGCAAUUGGCCGGGGCCGGCGCGCGAGGGCACGUAGGAUGGGUUGGAGGGCAGGUAGGAGGGAGCAGGACCGGCAAAAGAAGUGUAUCGAAGGCUCAGGCUCAGGCUCAGGCUGCGGGUUGUGGGUUGUGGGUUGUGGGUUGUGGCCGUGGAUUUGCGGUGCGCCAGACUCCAGCGGCGAUUUAAUACUGCACAAACGAGCAAGCGCGGUAGUGCGAGCAGACGUCGACAAAGGACCAGCAGGAGUAAAGCAGCGAGUGUCAGCGGCGAAGGCGAAUACCAGAUGGCUCAUGGCUCCAUCUGCUCGUCCGUAUGUCAUGGUGCCUCAUGGUGGGCAGCAAUUGCGAGAACGCAGACUUGUCAAUGGUUGCGUCGACGGCGAAUGUGGAAGAAGUCAGGCUCCAACGCAUAUCGACGUUCCUGCCAUGGAGUCUAACGAGCUUCGCGAAAUCCGUAAACGCCAGAUCCAUUUCACAGUGAAAGACAGCAGCAGCCGUACUCUCAGAACCCAAGCUGUAUUCUCCGGGCCUCAGAACAACCCAACAAACGGGUCAAUCAGUCCAAAGAUCCAACUCACACAUCACCAGUAUCAGCUCCAUACCACAAACCAUCCAUCCGCAGCUGCAGCCCUUCGUAGCCCUCUUCCCGCCCAUCUCAUCCCAAACACUGAUCUAGUAACAUCUCGACACCCUCAAACCAUAGAUCUAGUAACCCUAUCUCCCACCCUCCAACCAGGAACCUGGCAAACACAAAGUCACAGAGCGGAAAAGGGCAGCCGCGAUGGGACAAAAAUGGUGAUACGUAGUUUUGACUUCUGA